AUGUCCAGCCACAUAUCUGGCGACGGCGUGGCAAUCCAGUUUCCAGCCUUAUUCUGUGAGAAUUGUAUGUUGUUGACUGCGGAAGGCAUUGAGUUUACAUGCCCGCUGUGGUUGGGCCAUUUGUCUUUGGAAUGCUCCUCACAUACCAAACAGGGAGACCAGGUCUGUCCACAAAUAAACACUGCUCCAUCAUGGCUAAGCCGUGGCCCAGCUACUGAAUCGUUUCUGCUUGGGGCAAAAACCGAGUGGAUCGUCCACAAAAAAGUCGUCGUGCCUCCUUUACUGGCCGUCGCUCAUAAUAUUGACCCGCCAGUGGGCUACAAUCUUGCUAGCAACACGUUGAAUAUGAUGCUUUCCGCCCUUUGGCUUUUGCCCGCGAUUAGGCUGGUUUCUACCAGCGCAACCCCAACCUCUGAUGCGGCGACUACCCUUGAUCCAGGGCUGUUCUCAGGGGGGUGUACGCCAGAGAAGAUGACCAUUCGAAAGGAAUGGCGGAAUAUGACCAAGGUCGAACAGCAAAGCUAUCUCCAGGGCGUGAACUGCUUGAUGGAUCUUCCUGCACAAACGGGGCUAGAGGCGACCACGAACCGCUUCAGCGAUCUACAGGCCUUGCACCGCGCCCUUACCAACACCCCAGUGGGUGACAUUAUCCAUAGUGUGCGGUAUUUCCUGCAUACUUAUGAGACANUGCUGAAGGAGCAGUGUGGGUAUACCGGUCCAAUGGCAUGGUGGAAUGAGGCAUACGACACAGAUUCCGGGAACAUGUUCCGGUCGGAGAUGUGGGAUGCAGAUGCGUUUGGUGGCAAUGGCACGGAACCUGAUGGAUGUGUGACCGAUGGGGCCUUCGCAUACUAUACGGAACAUAUUGGUCCCCAGAAUCAAAACACGGUGUUCUGCAUGAACCGCAGCUGGGGAAAUUUCGAGGCGAUAAUGAAUACUACGGGUGCGGCAGUCGCCCACUGCAAUACAUUCGACUCCUAUGACGAAUAUUUUGCCUGCAUUGCCGCCACGCCUCACCGAGGAGGCCACUGGGCGGUUGGCGGAGUGAUGGAAGAUGUGAAGACCUCCCCAGGUGACCCGUUGUUCUAUCUGCACCAUGGCUAUAUCGACCGUCUGUGGUACCGGUGGCAGAUGCAUGAUCCCGCAAACCGCCUAUGGGACAUGGGUGGCCCUGCGAUCAAUGAGUCGGCCAAUGUUGAGCCUGCAUCAGGCUGGCCACAGACAACGCUCAAUUACACCCUGACCACAUUCAAUAUAAUGCCAGAUGUCACUGUGGCCGACGUCAUGAACCCGGUUGGAGGAUACCUCUGUUAUAACUAUGAAGCCUGA